CAAUCUUUAUUCUAUGAUGACAAGGCCAAGACAACCAAGGCGGGUUGAUUCUAUCGCCAGUCCACCAAAACACGGCAGAAACUCAUCCAGUAAAAAAGUUUGCUACGACAAGCAAACGGUGACGUUUUAGGGAAGAAUCUUUAAGAUAUAUAGUACGCCUGAGGAGCACAUUUGUGUUUUAAUCAGAAAAGCGAGGGCACAGAAGCACGUUCGUGUUGAUCCAUACUGAUUACCAUUUGUGCUCGCAAAUCAUAUAAAAGUUAUACGCGCGAAAUAGGCCUGCUGUCGUAGAGACAUGCUAGACCGGCGUUUCGUGGUCUUGUACGGGAGCCAGACGGGCACCGCUGAAGACGUCGCUGAAAGAAUCGGUAGACAAGCGAGACGGUACAUGUUUUGCGUAACUGUCCUGCCCAUGGACGAUUAUCCUCUAACAGAGCUAAUCAAGGAAAAAAUAGUUUUGUUCGUGUGCGCUACCACAGGACAAGGCGAGGAACCCGAUAAUAUGAAGCAUUUUUGGUCGUUCCUAUUGCGAAAAAGCCUGCCUCCUAAUUCGCUGAACACAAUUCGUCAUUCUGUGGUUGGCCUGGGAGACUCUUCUUACUUGAAGUUUAAUUUCGCUGCAAAACGUCUGCAUAGACGCCUGGUCCAGCUAGGCGCCCGGUGCCUGCUCGACCCCUUGUAUGCUGAUGAGCAGCACGAAUUGGGAACAGAUGGAAUGCUUGAUCCCUGGCUGGAAGAGUUCUGGAAAAUUGUUAUGGGCUUGUAUCCCCUUCCUCCCGGAUGCUUGCCUAUCAGUGAAGAGCUCUUACCAGCGCCAAAGUACAAAAUUGUAUGUGACACAACUUAUGAAGAUGAACAAAGAAAUAUCAGCUGCCAGCCUGGCAUCGUUCGGGAAAAGCUGUUUGACGCCACUGUAGUCUCCAAUCAGCGAGUCACCAGUGCUGAGCACUUUCAGGACGUGCGACUAAUUAAGCUUGACAUUGAAGGUUCUCGGAUUACAUUCGAGCCUGGUGAUGUGGUGGUAGUCUACCCGGAGAACUGUGAAGAGGACAUCAAUGAGUUUUUCAGACUAUUCAGCAGCUGCAAAGCCGACAUGUAUUUUUCACUUGCACCUACUGAAGAGGGCACAUUAUUGCCACAUUUUUUGUCAAGGCAGGUCUCAUUCGGUGAAUGCAUUCGGAAGUACUUUGACCUUACAAGCAUCCCAAAGAGGUCUUUCUUUGAGCUCUUUUGGCAUUUUGGCAAUGACGCCCUUUCGAAGGAGCGCCUUCGGGAGUUCAGCACCACCACCGGCCAAGAGGACCUUGUGGACUAUGCCAUUCGGCCACGGCGAACUGUGCUGGAGGUGUUUGCCGACUUCCCUCAUACCACAGCAAAUGUGCCACUGGCAUACCUCUUUGAUUUGAUUCCACCCAUCCGCCCACGCUCAUUUUCCAUUGCUAACUCGCUGCUUUGCCACCCAGGGCAGAUCCACAUUCUGGCAGCGAUCGUAAACUUCCGCACCAAGCUGAAGAGGCCACGCAGGGGUCUUUGCACCACUUUCCUGGCCAGCCUUGAUCCCUGCAGUCGACCAACCCUAAAAAUUGCAACAAAGAAGGGCAGCCUUCGAAUGCCCCCUGAUGGCGCACCUGCCAUCAUGGUGGGACCGGGCACAGGUUGUGCCCCAUUCCGUGGGAUGAUCCAGGACCGUACCCAUCGGGGCAUUGGCCAGAACCUUCUCUUUUUCGGCUCUCGUAAUGCCAGGGGGGACUUCUUUUUUGAGAGAGAAUGGACCCAACUCAUGGAGAAAGGGAUGCUGGACUUGGUGACGGCCUUCUCUCGUGACCAGGAACACAAAAUAUAUGUCCAGCAUCGUAUUGCGGAGCUUGAGGACAAGGUUAGAAAGCUGCUGCACAGUGGUGGAGUUGUGUAUAUCGCCGGCAAUGCAAAGGACAUGGUGCCCAGUGUCCGUGAUGCCUUCAAGGCUGUGGUCAAGUCUGACUCCCUCAGUGACGGAAAUGCUGAGGAACUGCUGAAAGACCUUGAAAAAUCAGGGAGACUCCAGAUAGAAGCCUGGUCUUAGCAUUCUGUCAGUUCACAGUGGUGCGAUUGCUGCAACAAGAGGGCUGACUCAAGCAUCUCUGGAAGUGUGUUUCUUUCGUGUUCAAAGGCUAAGCUGAUGUCACACGCAUAGUCUUGUUCAUGUUAUUCUCCCCACGUUCUUGCAGGUUGGCAGUUUCGCAAGCAAGCGCUUCCCUUCCACUCGCGCUCCUGCCAACACUUGAAAAGUCAGUGGUGCACCAAUUAUCAAUAACAACAAACAGCACUCACGCAAAGGUGGUGAUGAAGUGAUAUUAUGGGGAGAUGCAUAAGCACUGACUGUUUACUGUUUGCACAUCGUCUGCUAUAAAAAAACAGAAGCAUUGCGUCAGUAAGCCAAUGUCUGAUCGAGCCAUCACUCAUGAGCUUAAAGUAUGCGCCUGGCACAAUGUUUGCUUCGAAAGGAACAUUUACUAUGAAUUUUAACUCUGCCUUUAAACAUAAGUGAUAAUAAAAGAAUGAGCCAUUGACGCAACAUUUAGUUUCACUUGCAAUUGUGUACAUGAGAAACACACAUCGCUUCAUGGGGGGGGGGGCUUUCAGUCAUCCAUA